AUGGCGACUCGCAACCUCCAAUUUCGUUCCGCGACUCUAGAAGACGCGGUGCAACUUCAGCAACUCGUGCAGUCCGCAUUUCGCGCCGAGGACAGCAGGCCAGACUGGACGGGAAAUGCAGAACUCGCGUCGAGCUUCAAGAUAGGCGUUGAGGAUGUCCUACCAAAGAUUCUCAACCCCGACAACGUGGUCCUCAUGGCUUUGGACGAGAACGAUACGCUUGUCGCUUCCAUCGAGGUCGCGAAGCGCGAUAACAACACUGGUCGUCUGUCUAUGAUCGCGGUUGACCAGCGCUUCCAGCAGAACGGCGUUGGUCGGCUUCUUCUGGCCUAUGCCGAGGAUUACUGUCGCCAGACGUGGAACACAACCCGAUUCUCUCUCGACGCCCUCUCGUCGCGCAAGGCUCUGAUUGAGUGGUAUAUCCGCCGAGGCUAUCGCAAGACGGGGGAAACCACACCCUUUCCACGCGAAAGGUUCAGCAACUUGGACCUACCCGAUGAGCUGUGCUUUAUCGAAAUGGAAAAGGACUUCAGCCCGGAUAACGCGUAA